AUGUACGAACCGGUUAUACUCAGGGAAAGUGCCUUCAUGUCGAUCGGUCGUAGCGCCUAUCGUUCCGACAUGGGAAGAGCAUCCACUUGUCGUUCGCCACUGGCUAUGAAUCCCUCGCGCCCCUCUGAUCAGACCAACAACCAAGAUCCGCGCACGAUGUCCGCCGACGGCUCUCACUACCAGUACCACGCGUCUUCGCAGACUGCUAGCCAUCUCGCGCAUGCCGGGGGGCUGCAGCAGCCUUCAUACUAUCAUCCCUCGCGGUACAACUCCUCGGAUCCACCAUACCCCUCCUCCCACUACACCCCACAACACUCUCAGUAUCCCCAGACAACCGCUGCUCAUCAGGCCCCCCCAAGCAAUAUGUACUCCAACGCCCGUAUUCCUGAGCUGACCCUUCGCGAUCUCCCCUUCUCCAACACUCAUCCCACGUCCGCUCUAGGCAGACAGGGACACCCGGGAUACGGAGCUGCUACCGUCCCGCCCCAGCCUUACCGCCCCUGCUCUCACCCGACAUCAUCGUCAGCACAAUACGGGUCCUCCAUGUCGUCCCUCCAAUCUCUGGCGGAAGGGCACCAAUACUACUCCACUCCGGCGCAUACAAUGCAGAUGUAUCCCCCUCACGGCAGCCACACCCCAGGACCGCACGCCAGCAUCGUCAUCCCCCCCUCGACGCCGGAGGCACCCACCGUGGAGCGGUACCAGUGCGACAAGUGCGACAAGACGUUUGGGCGUUCGCAUGACCGGAAGCGCCACUUCGAGACGCAGCAUAUGCAACCGCACCCCCACCUGUGUCCGCAGUGCAAGAAGAGUUUCAGUCGUGGGGAUUCGCUGAAGCGACACAUUGACAAUGGUGGUUGCGAGAAGGCUCCGUACUAA